UAUAAAAAUGUCACAAGAAAGCUUGUUUAAUAAUUUUAGUCCAAUGUAUCAUCCUGAUAUGCAGUUACAAUUUGCUCCUUCAGUUCCUCAAAGACAAUCAAGACAAGUCCCUAUGAACCUAUUUCAACAAGAGCCUUUUCAAAAUCAACAAUUCCUGCCAGGUUUCCCUGGUCCUAAUGCAAUGGCUUCCCCACCUUCUUCUACAGCUACAACACCUAAACAACUUCAGACAAAAGCCGAAAGAAGAGCUGAACAUAAUGCGAUUGAAAGAGCUCGUCGCGAAAGUCUCAAUGUCAAGUUUCAACAGUUAGCUUUUGCAUUGCCUAACCUUCAGAACGAUACUCGCCCUUCAAAAAGCACGAUUAUUGAUCGUACACUGGAUUUUGUCAAGACUUCUAUCCAGAAAGAAGAACGUUAUCAGCGUCGUAUUAAGGAACUCGAAAAGUUCAAUAGUUAUCUGUUGUCUGAAUCAGACAAACGACUUCAACACAAGAAGUUAAAGAAGAAUCGAUCUAUUAACAGAAGACUCAGUGCUAGUUCAUCACCUACCAUGGUACCUGAUAUGAUGCCAGGCGUAAGUGAGAGAAAGCGACCUUCUUCAUUUGGUAUUGAUAAAGAAGAAGACGUGGAUGAUGAAGAGGAAGAAGAAGAGGAUGACGAAGACGACGAAGAGGAAGAAGAACAAGACAAUUCUGUUGAAAGUACGGAUACCAAGCAACAACUUGCUCAACAGAAGCAGCCUAUGCCUCAACAGUUCAUGUCCAAUACGAUGGUCAACGGAGUUCAAUCUCCUUUUGUUGUGUCACCUUCAUCGGCGGCCAUGAUACCGACUGCGAAACAAGAAUUCUGGCCAACACAACAACAACAACAACAACAAUCUUUUGAGAACCUGAUACAAGGAAACAAAAAUGGAUCAAACCCGACAUUCUUUCAGUUACAACACAUGACACACCAUAAAUCAAUGCCAGAAAAUGUCCUUUUCUCGGAACAAAACUCUAUAUUCUAUCCUCAACAAAAUUCAUUCAUGAUGGAAGGAGAACAAUCAAAUCAUCAUUUUAUGCACAGACGUUAAUUUAUUCCUUUCUUUUUCACACACACACACACAUACACACACAUACACACACAUACACACAGAUA